AUGAAUAUGUCUAUAGGAUUUUGUUAUUUACAAUUAAUUGGUAUAACAUAUGUUAUAAGUGUUUUGAUGGGUGCACCAUUAUUAACUGAUAUAUUACAAACAUUGAUGUUUAGUAUUUAUAUUGUUUUAAUUGGUUUUACACCAAUUAUAAUUAGUUUAAAAGGAAAUUUACAUGAAAUAUAUAAUUUUCUAUUUCAAAAUGAAUUUUAUUUAAUAAUAUCAACUUCAAAAAAAUUUUUUUAUAUGAGAAAUUUAGUAUGGGGAACAAUUAUUGGUGCAUGGUUAGGUGCAAUACCAAUUCCAUUAGAUUGGGAUCGUUGGUGGCAACAAUGGCCAAUAACAUGUCUUGUUUCAUCAACAAUUGGUGCUAGUUGUUCAAUAAUAAUUUCAUAUUUAUGGUUAUGGAUUCGAAAUAAACAGAAAUAUAAUGAAGAUAUUGAAUAA